UGCUUACUGUUAUGCUGAGUUACUCCAGCUUUUUGUGUCUAUAAUCGAGACUAUAACAGUUUUGAUUAACACGGACUCCGGUCGAUAUUCCAACCGCACGUUAAAAAACCGACUGGAACCCGAGAAAAACAGGAAGAGGGAACCAAUCCGAGUUAAUUAAAAAAAAUUUCCCCCAGAUCUGCCUGCAGGAAGAUAUAUACUCCCGUAGUUAAGUACAUGUUUUGAAAGAUGUUGCUUCUGUCCGGACGUCGCGUUGGAAGUCUAGUUGCCAGCUCUUGUUUGUAAUGUUUACUUUGCCCUAGUCGCUGGAGCUCGAAGCAGAGGAGGGACGUCGCUGUCAGCUCAGGCAGAAGCGCUUAGCUCUCCUGGGCCAUUUUGAGAUUUAAUUCUCUUUGUCGCCGCUUUGCUUCUUCUGCUUCUUCUUCUUAUUAUUAUUAUUAUUAUUAUUAUUAUUAUUGAAUAAUAGAGACUAGAAAAGGCAACGGAUGACACACAAGGAACUUGUGGACGACUCGAAUAAGUAACGUUGCACGACUCAAGGCAUGCAGCAAUCGACUUCCUGGAACAGUCCAGAGAGGAGAUUCUUAUGAAUUAAAUGCAUCAGAUUAAACAUGUGUUCCGCCAGUUAUCCGAACUGGGUUACAUUUGAUGAUGAUAAUGCUUUCCAGUCACCGAAAAGUUCCUUCAAAUCAGAUAAUGGUCUCAAAGGAUUCCAGUCCAAUGGCUUGGUGUUAAGUCUUUCUUCUCAACACGAAACAGCCUGGAUUUCUGCCUCUGGAAGUAACACGCCUCUUUCUCCACAUUGCUCCAGCUCUCCUUGCACCCCAACCUUUGGGUCUCAGACUCCAAUCACACCAAGCUCACCGAAGGAUAACUACUUAUUUAAAGUAGAGGAACAAUCGCAAACCAAUCACUUCAGGUCACACAAUAAUGAGAAUGGAUACGCCAACCCUUUUUGGAAUCAGAAAUGUAUUUUACGGACUGAUGCUGCUCACUGUGAACAGGAGACUGACCACUCCAAUAAAGCACCAGGCAUUAACGCAACGCACACUUUCCUUCAUGGAAAUCACCCACCCAAGGAGAUAAGAGGAGACAAUCAAAGUCAGAGCAAUUCUCCUCUGAUUGUCCUUUGCCAAAAGCUUGAAAAAAUACAAGCAGAGGAUUCCCAGUUGUCACAGAGAUCGACAUCGGAAAGCAAACAGCUUAAUACUCAAAUUUCUUUGUCAGUUGGUAGAGAUUUCUUCAGACGUGAGUGCAAAGAUGGCUGGCCUUUAAUGAUGAGGAUCCCUGAGAAGAAGAACAUGAUGUCUUCUCGUCAAUGGGGUCCAAUCUAUCUCAAGCUCCUAGCUGGUGGUAUUUUACAAUUAUAUUAUGAGCAGGGCCUUGAGAAACCCUUUAAAGAAUUGCAGUUGCAACCUUACUGCAGGCUCUCAGAACCCAAACUGGAAAACUACAAGGAGUCAGGAAAGAUCCACACAGUGAAGAUUGAACAUGUAUCGUACACAGAAAAACGCAAGUAUCAUCCGAGACCUGAAGUCCUUCAUGAGGCAGAGGUUGAGCAAGUGUUGAAGUUGGGAACGACCGACUGUGGGGAUAUCACAGACUUGAUCGCAGCGGUUGAAGAGGAACUAAUGAAGCUGCCUCCCCCAACCCAGCGAAGGAAGGUCUACGAAGAGCAAGACAUGACGCUUGAACUAACAGAUCACUUCUGGGGAACAUUUACAAAGGAAGGAAAGCUCUUUCAAAGUUCAGUGACGACUCGCGUUCAUUGUUUGUGCUUCAUUAAUGGCAAUAUAGAAUGUUUCUUAGCUCUCAAUGACUUGCAGCUACAGAUCAAAGACCGAAGUUACUUAAAAAAUGACACAGACAGCACAUGGAUUCAGAUCUGCGAUUACCAUGUUCACAAGUGUGUGAAGGAAAAUGAGUUUGAGAAAUCUAGAAUUGUUAGAUUUACCCCUCCGGAUGCCUGUAGACUGGAACUGAUGCGAUUCAAAACCGUCUGUGAUGAUCCCCAGCUUCCUUUUUUACUGAAGGGUUUGGUCACAGUUCAUGGAGCCUACACAGAACUGCAAGCCUUUCUUGUCAUGUCCCCUACUACUUAUUCUAACCUACAAACCACGCUGCCUUCGAAGUACUGUGAAAAUGUGAUGAUACGCUUUCCUGUUCCUUUGGCUUGGUUCAAAAUAUUCCGCACCGUCCAUCUCUUCAGACAGAAGUCGUUGAAGGCUAAGAAGAAUUGGAAUGCGCGGCUUGGCUCUGUUAGCAUGUCAGGUGGUGAACCAGUGAUGCAAGUCACCAUUGGCACUGCCAAAUAUGAACAUGCUUUCAGGGCAAUUGUCUGGAGGAUUGAUAGUCUACCCGACAAAAAUGCAGCAUCUGAUCAGCCGCAUUGUUUUUCUUGCAAACUUGAGUUGGGUUCAGACCAGGAGAUACCUUCGGAGUGGGAGCCACUUGUCGCUGUUGAAUUUGAGGUGCCUGACUCAACAGCUUCCAAAACAAAAGUGAAGUCAUUUGGCACAGAGAGUGACAUCCAACCGGAGAAACACAUUCACCUAAAAACUCGAUACCAUUACCAGGUUGAAAUCGAAAAGAAGUGGAUUAGAAUCGAGGGAGAAGAUCCAGAGAAACCUGGAGAUUGUGCAACACAAUGAACAUUACAGAGAGCACGACUUCCAGCUUUAUAUUGCAACAAAAAUGAUCCGUGGGUUUCAAAUUAUGGCAGUAUCUUGGUGACUAGAUUGUUGGAAAAUUGAAAAGAAAGUGUUCAGUGGUUGCUCAAAGCCGAGCACACUAUGUUAGUUUAGUUUAGAGAUACCGCGCGGAACAGGCCCUUGAGCCCACCGGGUCCGCGCCGACCAGCGAUCCCCGCACAUUAACACUAUCCUACACCCACUAA